ACUCACACUACAGCAGCUCGCUCAGCGCUGGCGACAGCAUAGAAACGAGACAAACGCAACGCUAUAAACAGCAGUUCACGAUUUGCGUUCCAACAAGCAGCACAUAUAAGAAACACAAAAGCAGAGUUAAAACUCAAUUUCAAACGGGACAAUUUAAAAAGCAAACACAAAACAAAAUGAAAUACUUUAUUGUAUUCGCCUUGGUUGCAGGCCUCUGUGCUCUUGCGCAGGCCCAAGAGCAGAGCUGUCAAGUGGACGUUCGCUCUGCGUGCGGCACUAACGCAAUCAUGGCCUUUUUCUCAGAUGAAAGUGGUGUCAGCAAUUGUAAUGCCCGCUAUGCCGCCAUUGGCCAUUUGGAGGGCAAGCUGCAGAACUACAUCCAGUUGCAGCUGAAGAAAUCUUACGAAUACCUUCUGUUGGCCACCCACUUCAACUCGUACCAAAUGAACCGCCCCGGCUUCCAGAAGCUCUACCAGGGUCUCUCGGAUCGUGCCUUUGACGACACCAUCGAGCUCAUCCGCCAGGUGACACGUCGCGGUGGCUCCGUUGACUUCAGCAAGCCACAUCAGCACGGUGCCGCUGAAGUGCCCGAGGUGCAUCUCAAUGAACUGGAAUCCCUGGCCCGUGCCCUCGAUGUCGAGAAGGAGCUGACCACCGGUGCCAUUCACGUGCACACCAGCGCAACCCACAGCAGCAACGAGAACCGCGAGCACGAUCCCGAGAUGGCCCACUACAUCCAGGAGAACUUCUUGAGCAAGCAGGCCAAGUCGGUGCGCACGCUGUCGGGCUAUGCCAACGAUCUGGCCAAAUUGGUCAGUGUCAAGGAGCCAUCGCUGUCCGUCUAUCUAUUCGACGAGUAUCUGCAGAAGCAAUAAAAACACAAUUCGAUUUUCUCUUCAAAUUAUAACUCAAACAAAAAAAAUAA